UUGAAAGAAUUAAAGGGACUACACAUUUCAUUGUUGAUUACGAACUUGCAAGUUGAACUACCUAAUACUGGAUUUUACUUUGCCCUUUAUUUGUAGAUUUUAGUCAGUUUUUAUUUCUCAGAUGGCUUUAUCAAGAGUCAGUGCAAACUCGCUGCUUGGCGGAGGGCGCUAUGUCCAGGACAGAGAAAAUGUUGAAAAUGUAUUGGCCUCCAAAGCGGGCCCAGUCAGAGUUACACAGAGAGCUGCCCUUGGUGAUAUUAAGAACAAAGUGUCCAACUUUGCUACACAGAAUGCCAAAAAUGGGCUUAAAAAGGAUACAGUCAAAGAAAAGGGUCUUGUGAAGAGCAAAGGCACUUCUUCAUUGCAGACAGUCAAAGAAAAUGCAAAGCCCAAGACAAAAGCUCCUUCCCCCAUGGAAGUGAGCCAGCCAGAGUCCUACUCCAGAAGACUGAUGAAUGUGGAAGACAUUGAUGCUCAGGACAAAGAAAACCCGCAGCUUGUCAGUGAAUACGUCAAUGAGAUCUACCAAUAUAUGAGAAAUCUGGAGGUUGAACAGGGUGUGCGUGAGAAUUACUUAGAAGGUCAGGAGGUGACAGGGCGUAUGCGCGCCAUCUUGGUAGACUGGUUGGUACAGGUACACUCCAGGUUCCAUCUCCUGCAGGAGACUCUCUACCUAACAGUGGCCAUUAUUGACAGGUUCCUUCAGGUUCAAGCGGUGUCUCGUAGUAAGCUUCAGCUCCUUGGUGUGACAGCCAUGUUGGUAGCUUCCAAAUACGAAGAGAUGUAUGCCCCUGAAGUGGCAGACUUUGUCUACAUCACAGACAAUGCAUACACAAAGUCGGAGAUCAGGAAAAUGGAGAUCUUAAUCCUUAAGGGUUUAGAGUUCAACUUGGGGAGACCCUUGCCUCUACAUUUUCUGCGUAGAAACUCCAAGGCUGGUCAGGUUGAUGCUACAGUACAUACACUAGCCAAAUACCUGAUGGAGCUAACAAUAGUAGAGUAUGACAUGGUGCAAUACACUCCCUCCCAGGUGGCAGCAGCUGCCCUGUGUCUGGCUGUCAAGGUCCUAGAUGAGUCUGACUGGACGGACACAUUAACACACUACAGUGGAUAUACAGAUGAACAAAACAAACCAGUCAUGCAGAAGAUGGCUGCACUAGUGGUAAAAGCUAACUCUGGAAAAUCAAAACUACAGGCAAUCAAAACCAAGUACCAGAGCUCGAAGUACAUGAAAAUCAGUGCCCUGCCAGAGCUCCACACCACAGUCAUCCAUGACAUUGCAGAAGGCAAAUCGUGAAGCCAUGGACAUUGGUUGAUACAACCCUGGAGUAUGUGUGCAAAUGUGUGAGCAGUUGAGAGAGAGGUGUUAAAAGACCGUUAAACCCAAUCAGGAUUUGUCAGGAAUUUGGGUUUUUAUCACCUCAAGUUUCAUCUUGAUCAUGUAACUUUUUUAAAUGCUGCUUAAAUCUUUUUUUUAUAUACUACCAGUCAUUUUUUGAAAGCUAAGUCCUUUUAUGGAGCUGAAAUAUGUACAUUUGAUGUGAAUGCAUUUCCUCACUUUUAAAUAUCAAAGUGAUAAAUGAGGUAGAUACGGAAAAAUCUGCAUGAGAAUUAAACUAUACAGCAUGGUUGCAAUUAGCAUGUGGGUUACUUGUAUAUA